AAGAGAAAAACCAAUAGAGGGCGUAUUGGUAACCUGAGAAAUAAAAAUCCAAAAAAACCCCAGAGAAACGGCAUAAAAAAUGGAGAAAAGAGUCUGCUCUCGUCCUUUCAAAAAUAAAAGAAAAAAAAAUAAGAUAAAGAACCAGAAAAUCAGAAGAAAAAUAAUUCUCUUCAUUUCUUUCUUUUUCUUUAUCUCGUAAAAAGAAAAUUGUUUAUGGUUUUUUAUAUAUAUAAUUUGUUGCUGGUUGUAGAUUCAAAAGAAAUUGAGUUAAAUCGAAUCGGAACGACGAGUUUCGAUUUUUAUGGUUACUGAGUUGCAAAAGCGAGCUGUGAACUCGGUGGAAAUGAUGAAAGAUAUGGCCGAUGAAGCUUCCGCUGUUGCUGCUACAUCGUCUCCGAAGAACAGAGUGAAGCUCUUGUGUAGCUAUGGCGGGAAAAUCAUGCCGAGAGCCGUUGAUGGCCACCUCAAGUACGUUGGCGGUGAGACACGUGUCAUUGCCAUUCCUCGCGACAUCAACUUCACAGAGCUUCAGAAGAAGCUUCGCGCGGAGUUUGAAGGAGACAUGGUCCUGAAGUAUCAGGUUAUACCUGAAGAACUUGACGUUUUGGUGUCUGUCAGAACCAAUGAGGAUCUGAAGCAUAUGCUUGAUGAAUAUGACCGUCAUGAAAGUGAAGGAACUCCAAAGCUACGAGCCUUCUUGUUCCCUUCAAAUCCUGCUGCAAUAGAAAAAUCUACUCCCAUGGAUCCCAGUGCACCAGAACAACGUUAUGUGGAGGCUGUUAAUGGUAUGGUUCGUACAACUGCCAAUUUUAGACUUUCCCAUAUCAAUGCAAAUCAUCCCUCCUUCAGCCUCUCUGCUAGCUCCUCUCCGAAAAGUACAUCUCCAGAAAGCAACACUGUUGAUUCUGUGCCCAAUGAACCAACCUUCAUGAAUAGCUAUCAUGUCAGUAGAAACCCAAUGACUAGAGUCCAUAGCUCUCCAAGUCUAUGCAAUCUAAACACCGCCCACCAUCAUAGCAACAACCUAAACAACCACCACCUCUACCAGCACCAGCAACAGCACCAGCACCAACUCCAGCACCAUUACCAUCCCCACCACCAGCAACAUAAUCCACAUGGUUACCAACCUCCUAGAUCACCUCACGACCUUCACAGGCUAUCACCAUCUUUGCCACCGGGACGGCCAGACUUUGGGAGGGCUCCUACUGGUAUUGGCCUCAACCAAUACUACUCUAGUAGACACAAUUUAGGGAGUGGAAACUCCAGCAAAUAUGGGUACUAUGACGACUACUCUUCUUAUGGGUUGAGUAAAGCUGAUAGUUCAGUCAGUCUUCCUCAGAGCCCCAGCAAUGGAAAUGUGGAGUAGAGCAUCUGACAGAAAAGAUCAGGUAUGCUCUUAUGACUUGCUGUUUGGGCUCAAAGAUGGUACAGAAGACAUUUUCUUUCUUCAUUUUAUACUCUCUUUUUUUUCUCUCAAAUGGUAAGAACAGUCCCUGCUUAACUUUUAUUUUGGUUUUGUAUAUGUGAAGAAAUUCCAGAAUAUUUUCAGAAAAUGAAGUUAUAGAUACAUGUAAAGGCUGUUCUAUUGUACAUUCCGAAGUAACCUAGCAGAAACUUGUGAUCUUAUACUUUAAAUCAAAGGGUGAUUUAGUUCAUACACUUGAUGCUAA